AUGCCCUUCGCUGCGGAAGCUGCUGCGCCAGCUUGGGUCUCUGUCGCUGUGGCGUGUGGUUUUUUUGAACGCUUUGCGCAUGAUUCUUCGCCGGUUCCUGAAGUUCUUCAUGCUUCGCGCUCAAUGUGGACGCGUGUCCCGUCUGGUCAGUAUUCGCUAGGGCUCCGCACGUUGAAAGCCUUGGGUGAGAAUACAUAUGAGCAAGCGUAUGCUGAGAGGACGCGCGUGACAGUUUACAACCCAUGCCCUGAACUUUGUAACCUACGAUGCCAGGAAUGUGGUUUGCGUGUAACCCGAAAGGGCGUCUUGGAAAAGGGCCCGAGGCGGUGCAUUGAGGCGACUGGGAUCUCGUAUCACGUCGGCUUCCGG